UCUUUGAAACAACUUUGGUCAUUGAAGUACACAGCAAAGACUCCUAAUUACGAUGCUCAGGACUGCCUUUCUAACCCAAUCCCGUCUCGUGCCGGAUCCCUGUGAAUAAGGAAUGUCUACCUGGAGCUCCCACAGUAGUACCAAGACCAAUUAUCUUCUCUGAUCCUGGAUCGUGGCACAGUUGUUGGUUAGGUUCAGAGCUCAGCCGCUAAGCUUACUUAACGCCAAAACCUCUGCAUUGAAACAACCUGUCAGCUCAAACUUCUCCUAGAUAAUCGGAUAGAUUUCAUUUCAUCUUCAUUGUCGUGAUUGCAAUGGGCAGGUAGCACAUAAGCACGUUUAGCCAUUUCCAUCCCAUCCCAUCCGAGCCGGAGCUUAUCCCAAGCCUUCCGAUCGCUGGUCAAGUCGACUUGCACCUCAAAAGCACUCCCCCCUCAAGCUCGACUUAUCACCAUCGUCGUCCAAGAUGCCCGCCGACUACGAAUCCGCAGCGCAGGCGCUCUCCCUUCCCAUCUCGCCCUCGCCCGGCAGCGGGAGAUCGACACCCUCGCCGAGCACAACGCCGGGUUCCGCACCCCCAUGGGUCCGGCGUGACCGGCCCUCCAUAUCCUCGACCCGCCGGCGCCUCUCGAACCCUUACGCCCGCUCCAGCAGGGACUCGUCCGACCUCCCCUUUGGCGCCCGCGUCAUGCGCACCUCGACCGACAUGAUGAACUACGCGCUGCGCAUGUUCGUCCGCCUGACGCCGCUGCAGCGCGCGCUGGCCGCGGCCGUCGGCCUGGCGCUCUUCGUCCUGGCGGUCCUGUUCCUGGUGUACUCGCACCGGAUCUUCGCCUGGCUCAAGCCGGUGGCGGAGGGGUGGCGGGAGCUGCGCGGCGGGUGGGUGCUCGUGUGGUUGAUGACGUUCGGGACGGCGUUCCCGCCCGUGAUCGGGUACAGCAGCAGCAUCACGGUCGCGGGGUUCGUGUUCGGCUUCCCGGGCGGGUGGCCCAUCGUGGCGUCGGCGACCGUCGUGGGCUCGACCGCUGCCUUCCUCACCAGCCGCACCGUCUUCUCGAGGUACGUCCACGCGCUCGUGGGCACGGACCGGCGCUUCGUGGCCCUGGGCCAGGUCCUGAGGCACGAUGGGUUGUUGGUCCUGGCCGCGAUCCGGUUCUGUCCCCUGCCGUACAGUCUGAGCAAUGGCUUCCUGGCCACCAUCCCCAACAUCAGCCCCUUCAGCUUUGCGGCGGCGACGGCGCUGGCGACGCCCAAGCUUCUGGUCCAUGUCUUCAUCGGGAGCAGGCUUGCGCAGCUGGCGGAGGACGAUGAUAUGUCCACCGGUGACAAGGUGAUCAACUACAUGAGCAUGAUCGUAGGCGGGCUUGUGGGCAUGGGCAUCGGGUUGCUCAUUUACAGGAGAACGAUGGCGAGGGCCGAGGAGCUUGCGCGGGAAGAGGCCGGCGAGGACGGAGGUCUCGUUGACCGUGAUGGGGAUGUCGACUACGAGGAUCUGGAAGAGGGUAUCUUGGGACGUAGUGGAUCGACGCAAGGCGAGGCGGAUGCAGCUGCACUGAUGGAUGAUGAUGACAUUUCAUUAUGGGAGACGGAUGGUGUAGACGAUGGGUAUAGAGACAACGAUCAGGAUGCUGGACUAGAGAGCAACAGAAAAGGAGCUGACAAAUGAGGCCGGCGCUCUAUGGUUUGGUUUAGAUUUGGGGUAUCGUUUGCCGGUACAUCUUGCUUUUGUACUUCAUGAGAAUGAUAAAUGAGAGA